AGAGGGGAGGGGACCAGGCAUUUCAGCAGAGCUCAGCCGGCAGCAGCAGCCUCCGGACUUUCACUCCCAGCUCGCCCCCCUCGCCAGCAUGGACGGGAAAGCCCUGGCGCUGAUCACUUGUCUGCUGCUCUCCCUCUCGGAGGAGAAACCCGUCAGCCUGACCUACCGAUGCCCCUGCAGGUUCUAUGAGAGCAACGUGGCUAAAGCCAACAUCAAGCACCUCAAAAUCCUGACCACCCCGAACUGCUCGCUGCAGAUUGUCGCAAGGCUGAAGAACAACAGUAAGCAAGUGUGCAUUGAUCCCAAGUUAAAGUGGAUUCAGGAAUAUCUGGAAAAAGCUUUAAACAAGAGGUUCAAGAUGUAAGAGGCAAGCAUUGUAAGCCGUCUACAGGAUUUCUUACUGUAGGACCCAGAGAGCAGAUGCCCAGUAUUAGGGAAUGAAAGCAUUUCACUGUUAUCAUGCAGCGCAAAGGCAAGGCUUCAUGCAUUUCCAAAGGCUUUUCUCUUUUUAUUUUUUGCACAAAUUGGCUUGCUUUCACAAUACAAUUUUAUGGAGUAAUGUGUUUGUUUUUUUAAAAAACAAUCUUUUUGUAGUUUGGUUUAUCAUCUAGCACUGGUGGCAGUGAUGAAUUUAGACUAACCCUACAGUAUAAUAUUGUUUUCCUUGCCUGUAUUAUUUAGCAAUCGCUGUUAAGUUCAUGCCAGCAUCCAAGAGUUUUUAACCUAGCAGGACAUGAGCUGUGAGGUGCAAUUCGAUCAUGUAAUUCCUAUGUUCCUAUGCUCCCAAUGACUCAGCAUAAAAAGCAAUGCAUUUUCCCAUUCCUGUAACCAGAGCUUGUCUGCAGCCCUACCUGAGACAGGACACAGGGCAGGAGAGUAACACUGGGGCUGGCCCAAGUCUGCACAGUAGAGUGUGAUUUUGCGAGUGUGCGUGCGGGCAAAUGUUCCCAGGUGGAGAUGCCUCUGUCUGCCGGUGAAACGAUCUAGUGUCCAGAGCUCCAUUUGCAACAAGGUAUCACUCAGGAGACACGUGCCACCUCCGGCAACCCUGCAGGCCUGUUAUUUCUUCCUCUUGAUUCCCAGCUCUGUAACCACGUAUAAAGAUGUCUGAAAUAGGAAAUGUAGAGGAAAGGGAUCUCAGCGAUGGGGCAGUCUCUUUGUUACACUGUGCACUGAGAAAUGGGGAAAAUCCCGAGCAGCAAAAUAUCUGUGUGAUACCCAACAUUGUGUAUUGGGUGGGUUUCUUCGGAAGGAAUCUUCUCCUUUAUGUGGAGCUUGUAUUCUGGGCAUGCAAGGGCUACUAUACUAAGCACUCUCUUCUGUUGCAAGUAACUUACAUGCCAAAGGACUGUUCUCUCUGUCCCAGGAAGGUCUUUGGUCACUGUGGCAAACUAAGUGUUCUCCUCCCUACAGGAUGUGCUUUGUGGGCACCAUGUCGCCCCAUCAGCUUUGAAGCAGAAACCACUGAAAACAGUGCAUGUGAUUUGGCCCAUUGUUUUUUUCCUACGACGUUGGUGCUUUUAUGUCUUGUGCACCCUGUUUUGUAGGCAUUUGGGGAGUAGGGAUCCAGCACCACUGACAUCAAUGGCAGUUUUACAGCUGAUUUCAAUUGGAGCCAGAUCAGACUCUCUGUCAUUUGUGUAAAGGCAAAAAGAGCUUCCGUGACCAAGAAAACCAUAGACCAGUGCAUCUUCCAUAUUGUGUGUUUUGUCACCUAGGGGCCAGAUUCCCUCCUGAUAUAGGUGUCUGCAGUUGCCAGUGGCUUGGCUGGAAAGUAUAUUCCUGCAUCAGAGGUAGGAGUCACCCCCAGAUUUUUAAAGAAGCCCUGGAGAAAGUGCCUACGAAUUUCUAUUCUAACACAGAAUGAUAAUCUGUCUCUCCUACCUGCUGGACAGUGACUCCUCACGCACGUUGUCUGAACUGGGCACCAGCUCAGAUCCUGCUCCCAUUGAUGCCAGUUUAGACUGAAAUCUCGCUCUCUGACUGAGUGCAUUUGCCACAACAGCGGCCCUUUAAAACCCGAAACCAUGUUCUGCCUUCCAUGACGAACCCCUUUAAACAGCCCUUAGUGUGAGGACUGACCUCCUGGGUGACAAAGCCAGCCUCAGUGGGUCAGUGCUCAGAGCACUGCAUUUGGUCUCCUUGUGUCAGCCAUCAUAACUGCUGCAAACCUUAGUGUAGACAGGCAAAGCCACUGUAAGCCAUGCAUGGCACUGGUGCAAUUCCCCCUGCUGGAGACAAAAACAGCCAGCAAGGCUGGUGCAGCAGCACCGAUCACACUGAUGGAAGGGCACUGGUCACUUGGGGUACAUCUACACUACCCGCCGGAUUGGCAGGUAGUGAUCAAUCUAUCAGGGAUCGAUUUAUCACGUGUAGUGUAGACGCAAUAAAUCGAUCCCCGAUCACUCUCCCGUCGACUGCUGAACUCCAGCUCAGUGACAGGCGGAAGCGGAGUCGACGGGGGAGGAUGCGAGGUAAGUCGAACUAAGAUACGUUGACUUCAGCUACGCUAUUCUCGUAGCUCAAGUUGCAUAUCUGAGGUCGAUCCCUCCCCCUAGUGUAGACGAGGCCUUGGAGGGCUGUCCCAGUCACGUAGGGAAGUAGAUGCUUUGUGGGAGAAGGGAACAUUAAUGACCUAUUUUAUGGGCUAUGGGCAAGUGACUUGCUGGGGUCUCUGAGGGUUCUAUUGUUUGCUCUAUAGUAUUUGCAUCAGAAGUGUUAAUCAGGAAACAGAAAUGACAGACAGGCAAUUUACACUAGAGAAAUCAAUCCCUGUACAAUUGAAAGCUUCUUGCACUAAUACUUGAAUUGUGCUCCACUUCUAGCUAUUCCUUAGCCCUGCCAUGAGUGCAGGGGACUGGACUAGAUGACCUCUCGAGGUCCUUUCCAGGUCUAUGAUUCUAUAAUUUUAUGAUUCCUGUGGCCCUCUGCGAUGUUAGCAAGUUGCAGUGCAUCGGUUUCAUAAAUCUGGUUCCACGGACAUGGAUCCGUGGUAAGUUUUGCUUUCUACAUUUGUUGACCAAAGACAAAUUCAGGGGAAGGAAGCAGGGGCAUACAGGAGUAAUGCCCUGGCUGUCUACACGUGAAUGUGAAGAGGAAGAAAAAAAAUAACACUGAAACAGUGCCAAAAGAGCAAUUUCCACAAAUGUGAAAUGUUCACGAGUGGCUAUUUUCUAAGUGACAGCCAUAGAAUCCCAGGUUUAAAAUCCAGAAAGGAAAGAAAAUGUGGUAUUUAUCACUGUGCCAAUACUCAUGUUUAUAUGAGCUUUACAACUGUAGUAGCUUUAGAUGUUGAUGUCUUAUUUGAGUCCUGCUUGAGAAAGCGUGAAGGGUGAAUUUUCAAUGUGUUAUUAACCGGUGUGGUAUUUGAGCAAGGGUGACUGUGGUUGGUCUUUUCCAAUGGAGGCUGUAUUCUGAGUUGAAUGUACACAUUUGAUUGAAUAUGCAGUUCCUGUAUAAUUUCUUGUUGCUAUUUUGCCUUUAUUGGGAUCUUCACGAUCCCCUCUUCUCUGAAAACUUGUACUGAUCUAUGUCAAUUACAGCAUAUAGGCACUUGUCAGUGCUCAUAUCCAAAAUACAGACUUAACCUUUACCACCAUCCAAUCACAUAAUAGCCUUGUUUGCAAAUCCAGAUCUUCAUUGACCCCAGAGAAGAAGGCAUAUACAUCACCAUGGAAGGGCUGCAUGCAUCCUCCAACCUCUGAUCAUUGAGAAAUCAGUGUUGUAAGAAUGUGGUGAAUACUGUAUUUUGUAUUGUUAUUGAGGAAAAAAAACACUUCCCAGAUAAUGUGAAAAAGUUUUUCUGAAAGGCAGCUUUAUGGAGAUAUUAUAUACAUUUGUGCUUUUUAAAAUAAUUCCUUUUCAUACAGUAUUUUGAAAAUAAACACUUUUUAUAUCUA